UCUGUCUCUCUUUCGCACUCUCUCUCUUCUCUCGCUCAACCAGUGUGCACUCUGCUCUGUCUGUGCCUGCAUUUUUUUCCCCCUUCUCUUUCGUUCUUGGUCUCUCAGUGGCGGCAGCUCAGGGAAGCAGCUGCAUGUUUGUCUGCAUCCCAAUUGCCACAGGUAAAGACAGCUGUAUCGUCUGAUGUUGCUAACCCCGAGGGGGGUUGGGGAGCCUUUGCUGCUGCGGCUGCAAGUUCUCAUCCCGGCGCGGGGCGCACAUUUCUAAUCAUCUCGAAGAACGCAUCCUAGAGGGAACGACGAGCAGAGGACCCCAGCAAACAGACCAACAAAUCACACACUGACUGGAAAGAGCACAGGCUUCCAGGGACUGAGGAAAAAAACACUUCUCAGAAAAAGAAUCAAUGGGAUAUAUUUUCAACGUUGUGGUGUCCUGUUUAUGAUUUUCCUCUUUCCUCGUGUUUUCUAUUCUUUUGCUUUCAAUUCUUUUUGUCUUCUCCAUGCUUCUCAUCCUCUUCCUUUCACAAUUUAUUCCUCUGUGCCGGAAUGCUCCCUGCAAAUAGAUGAGAAGAGGCUUUCUGUGCGCUUGCUGCAGUAUUAACAAACAGUACACUGAGUCAGUAGAGAGCUGAGCGGACAGCUUGGGGAAAUCUGAUCCACAGCCGGCUGGAGAAGGAGCAGGAUCACGCGUCGCAGUUGCAGAUUUAUCCGCCCUGUGAUACUGUGCAACAACACCCCUCAUUCUUUUCCCCCCAUCAUCCAUCUCUCUGUCCUCAUCUUGAGUGUUUCUUUUUGACUGGAUCAAGAAAAUUAAUUGGAUUCUACUGCUUUAUUUUUAGCCUUAUUGGAAUAUUGUACAUAUAAAAAGGAGCAAAGAGGGUUUGGAUUUUUUUAGGUGAAACGGAGGAGGCUGCUUGAAAAGCAAUGGGUGAGAAAGAUUAGCAGAUUAUCAUAGGAGAGUGUUGAAAAGACGCAUAAGCGAUACACGUCUUACUGAGCACUCUUUUUUAGUUAUGAAAGAGACAGAUUUUGGGAUGUGAAGGACGCUGACUCGGCUAAAGCAGUCGGAACAGACCGCAUCAGGAAACAUUUUUUUUUCUUUUUUUUUUGGUCCUGCCCAGGGUGGGGAAGCAACUAGACCCACCCUGCAAGUUUAACUCUCUGAUUCGAUAUUACUGUCCCGUCGUGGAUUCUACAUGGAGGGGACACAUUCGGCAUGUUAAGGAAAACUGUUGUGGAUUCUUUUUCUCCUUUUAUGCUGCAAUGGCAUCCAAAUACUGAUGCCAUGGAUUUCCUACACGUACAGAUGUAAAUCUGUUUCUUCCCAUCCAUCUCUCCCUUCCAUCUCUCCUUGUCUCUCCCUAUUAGAGGCAUCACUUCUUCCAUUUUUCCUCUUGUUAACCCUGCUGUGAAGACUAUUGGAGUUCACUGUUGCUUCAGCUGGACAUUGAGAGUUGGGCAGGACUAAACACGGACUAAACACUUCUACAUCUAUGCCAGCUCUUCAAAUUCUCUCUGGGUGUCUCUGCGUGUGAGUGUGUGUGCUUGAGCGUUUGUGAUUGUGUGUAUGCAUGUACCUCCUGCACCCCUUUUCCUCUCUGUCCAUCCUGGAAUACAUAUUUUUGUGUGUGUGCUACUGAGAGUCAGAUUCUGUGGGGUCCAUUCCUUCAAAUUUCCAUUUGUGUUUUUUCUUCUGGCCUUGUUGGAAACCUUUCUGCCAUGUGCAAACGAUGCCUAUCACAGAGUUAACCCUUAAUGAGCCAUAAAGGACGACAGGGAAUGAUGAGUGAGUGUUCUGGGGCAGCUGCAUCUGGGGCAGUAAUCCUGGAGGAACCUGAAGGUUCGGGGGCUUCUGCUGGCCGUGGAGAGGGCCAGGCCCAGGAACAGGGUCCCCUUCGCUGUGCAGUUUGGCCUCGCCAGCAAACAUGGCUGUGUGUGGUUCCAUUACUUAUUGGUUUUAUUGGCCUUGGAUUGAGCCUGAUGCUGCUGAAAUGGAUUGUUGUUGGUACAGUGAGGGAUUACGUCCCAACAGAUCUAGUGGAUGCAAAUAGAAUAGGACAAGAUCCCAUCUUCCUCUCCAAGCCAAGUGGGAUUCCCAAGAGCCCCGAUACUACCACUACUACAACUACUCCUACAAUCGAUAGCAGGAACCCCACUGCUAGAACUGCUACUGUGGCAAAAGGUAGAACUCGCACUACUGCUACCACCACAACUAUAAAUGCUAGAGGGGGCGGGGCGUCAGGCAGUCAGGUAACUCCUCGGAAUCCUGGAAGUCAUAAUGGACGUGGACCUUCGGGUUUUACCACGACUACUUCAGCACCACGUACAACUUUCAUAAUUGGAGCUGCAACAUCUAGCUCCUCACCGCCCAAUCCAACGGUUCUUCAUGACUCUACACAGAUGUGGACGGCAGAACAUACUACUACAGAGACGAUCUCCACCACACUCACCACGCGUACGCAUAGUCACCACAAAACCCCAUCUCCAACUGUCCCUCCGCUACGCUCAGAGCAUUUCAAGCCCUGUCAUGAGAAGGACUUGGCCUACUGCCUAAAUGGUGGCGAAUGCUUUGUCAUCGAGACACUCAGCGGGCCUCACAAACACUGCAAGUGUCGAGAAGGAUACCAAGGAAUCCGCUGUGACCAGUUUCUGCCCAAGACUGACUCCAUCCUGUCAGACCCAAUUGAUCACUUGGGCAUCGAGUUUAUGGAGAGCAAAGAGGUGUAUAAGAGACAGGUGCUGUCAAUCACAUCCAUCGCCAUGGCAAUUAGUCUCCUGGGAACGCUGUGCAUGGCCCUCUACUGCCGCAACAAGAGGCGCAGAGAAAAACUCCAGGCCCACCUGAAGGAGAGUCGCAGUUUGAAAAACUACACUACUAGUUCCCAUAAUGCCCUAGAAGCCAAAAUGAGGGCUUCUAACACCAACCUGCAAAUUCAUGAGUACUGCAAACGGCCAUCCCAGUCUCGCCAGGGAAACGUCUGCGAGUCCAGCUUUUCACACUGCAACAUCACGACUACGCCACCCAGAAGCUCCAGAGGCACAGUAAAACAUCACAGAAGCAGUUCCCUGUCUCACAGCCCCGACCAGAGAAUCCGGGCAGCCCAUUGGUCAGCUCCUCGCCGGACUCCACCCAUACCCAAAGGAAGAUUAAACCCAAUUGGAGUUUCCAAGUAUUCUGGCCCCGCCUACCAGCACCUUCAGGAAGUGGACUCAUCUGAGAAGGAAGCAGAAGCACAAAGAGGUGUCCAAGUGCAGGGAGAGAACCAGUGUGAUGACACCAGACAAGAUGCCUUCCUACAUAUGCAAGCUCCUGCGAUGGAGGCAUUGUCGCCAUCGCCUUGGAGCGGCUGCGUGGAGGUACGCGCACAUCUGUGUCCUCCAUCCGAGCACAACGAACCCAAUCCCACCACCCGCAGCCUGAGAAGGCCGGGACGCCGUCAAAGCCACUCCCCACCUCCCCCGUUCCGCUCCUGCUCUAUCCCCAUCAUUCCAUCUGUGCAGUGUCACCAUGACAAUGAGGUGUCUUGCAUGCAAACCACCCCAGCGACCACAACGAUGUCAGUCACCUGUGGGGCCACGCCUUGCAAGGAGGAGAACAAAGAGAAGGCAGCGCACGCCGCGUUGUUUUCAUCUUCCUGCUCGUCUGCCAUUGGACGGCAGCAGGACGAGGUGGCCCUGCUGCUUGAAGAGGCACAGGAGCAACUCAGGGCGUUGGCGCUGGCUCACAGGAAGCAGGAGGGGGGCGGAGUCUUCACCAGCACCUCGACGGUUGCGCUGGUGGAAGCCAGAGAAACUGUUUGCUUCCUGAACGUUAACGGAGGAAGUGUCGGGGCGCUGAGCUGUAACGGACCCACGCAGACCCAGCUACUCAGCCCCAGCCUAUCACACAGAGACCUGGGCCAAACCGGCCAAUGAGAGGGCGCGAUUUAGGACAUUCACUUACUGUUUUACACUGUCUGACAGACUCUGGUGUUCUGCAUCUGUGGGAUGAGAAUGAAAAUGCUGAAUUAAAAAAUAAAAAAUAAAAAUGUAAUAUCAUGGAUAAUCUGAAAAUGUGCUGAUGAUAUGCAUACUGUAUGUACACGAGCAUACAAACACUUCUCGAGUGGCCGCCUUUACACCGCCUGACAGUAUGGAAAAAGAAAAAAAUAUUUACAUGCAUUUAUUUACGAAACAAGAGAAACACUUCUACUUAGACAAAAAGAAACCAAAUAGUCUGUCAAAUCCAUGGUGUUUUUAAUUGUAAAAAGAAUAUAUAAAUAUAUAUAUAUAAAUAUAUAUGGAUAUAAAUAUAUGGAAUUCAAAAGUGACCAAGUAAAAGUUGAAGAACACAGGAAUGAUGUAACUAUUUUUGUUUGUUUUUUUCGUUCUCUCGGUUUUGUAUUCUCACAUUUUGGUUCUGGCUCGAUGAAGAACUCCAUUAAUGUCCCGCCGCACGUCCACAAGUCGUGAAUCGGAUCCUGCGAGCCUGCGCGGAAUCAAAAACGACUAACGAGAAAAAGGAGCCACCACACCAUUUUCACCCCCCUUUGCCUUUUGAAAAACUGUUACCCAGCCAAGAAUUACAACACAGCCGUCUGUGGUAAUCAAAAACACUUUGAGGAUUUACGACGCAAAACAAAAACUCCCCAGCUUUGUGUGUGCGCGUGUGUGUGUCUGUGCUGGGAAGCCACGAGGGAAGAGACAAAGAAAAACUAGGGUUUCUUUUGGAGCUACUCGGAUUUGGGAGGGCAGAUUGUUGAGAUACUGACUCCGGUUUGGCCAGUGUUGGAAACCAGUCUAGAUUAUUUUUGUUUUUAUUACAAAUUAUAUUUUCACACUCAUAUGCACACACGCUCGCCUGUGAAUUAUUAUUUGGUUGCUUGAACGAAUGAACAGAAGGACUGAGAAGGACAGUGGGCUGCAGGGCUCUACGGGAGUGAAUGUUUGUUUUGUUUUCCAUUUUUUUGGUUGUUAAUGAACAAUGCUGCUUUCUGGGGCUGAUGGGAGGGACAACCACAUGGUUUUGGUAUUGAAACAAGAAAUAAAUGUCUCUAUGUUGUAUCCUAUGAAUUGGAAGCUUUUGAAUCUCUGUAUGAAGUUACAGCCAAAUGUCUCUGGUGUCACAAAGUAUAAAAACAAUGGUUGCAAUUCUGGUAAAGAGUUUUCCAAAAUAACUGUUGUUUUGAUUGAUUGCUUGAAAGACAGCAACCUGCCCGUAAAUGCAUGCUGGAUAACAUCACUCUGAGGGUUUACACUGACAGUGUUACUUUUGACCUUUUCACAACUUCACCAGCUUGAAGACAUCUGGGAUCAGCAUUCAUGAAGCACUUUAUUUUGUGGAGCUCCUGGUUUUCUGUGCACUGAAUACCAAAAUGUUUGAAAACACGGUGUCAUUUCCAAAUUCCAUCUUCUCCAUUUGUGGACAGCUACAGCCAUGUUUAAAAAUUAAGCUAAAGACUCAUCAAGCAAGCAGGCAAGAGGUGCACUAAGUAGGAGAUGUACCAAAUUUGAAUCAGAUGUGGUGUUUACUUUUUAAUGAAUUGGCCUUCAUAAAAAUGUGCACAACUGUGGGAAAGCACAGGAAUUUGUUUUUCAGGCAGAGAAAAGCAGCAUGUGUCUGGGAAUGUGUUGGGAUUCAAUCAAAUCCUUUUGGCACAACUGCAAACUUAUAUAAAACCUAACAAAAUGAAAUAGAAUCAAUAGUUAAUAGCAUUUUAAAUAAAGUAUAUUAGACUCAAGAAUAAAUGCAACUUAAUUGUAAAAGUGAACUAAAUCUUGAACUUUGCACAGAAAAAAAGUAGCAAGAUACACUUCUUCUUCUUCGACGUGGCUUUAAAGCCAUCAGAAUCUCUAAAACAAGGAAAUGAUGACCUGCUUUUAGAGUUUUGCUAGUACAUAUGAGCCAAACAUGACCUGUAAUUUAUUGCUUUAUGUUUCCAGACACAGAUUCUCAUAUGUAUGAAUCACACUGACAUAUUUCCCACAUCCUAAAAAGGGGGGGGAAAUCCACAAUUGGUGGUUUUGUUGGUGGUGGAAAUCAUUUUGUUGUUUGCAGCAGAGACUCCAGUUCAACAGUUCAAGUCACAAACUUCAAAGAUUUUCACACAUUGUUUGUGUUUCUUUUUUAUUGUGUUAUUAAUUCAAACUGCAUUAGUAAGAUGUAGGUGUUUUAAACUACUGGGUUAGGUCUACUUAAAACUACAAUAACUCCAAUUCUUUCAAGCACGGUUUCUUGGUUGCCAUGGUGAUGCAUCCCUGAUAUGUGCUCCCAACAUAAAACUUACUUCUGUUUAUAACUAUUCUAAAAAUAAAUUUACUUAUAAAGUCGCUUUUUUGCAUGACAGUCAGCACGGCAUCUUUUCAUGACUAUUUCACAGU